UCUGGCGCAGGGAUCAGAGAGCCUCCUGAUGGGGUUAGCCGCCCUAUCAGGAGGUCACGGUACUCUGCUGGAGCAUGAUUCACUCAAAACAUCAAACACUGCAGGUAUGUUGCUUUGCGUGAGUCGCUGGUUUAUGUUUAUGGUCUUGAAACGUUUGACGUUUGGCUAAAAUCUCCCCUCCUGUCGGAUAAAGAUCACUCUGAUCCUCACGUCCAGGAGAAGAACAGGCUGUGGCUCCGUCCAGGUGCAGAAGUGGGCACUGAGACAAUACUCCCACAAACACCUCCCAGCAACAACCACAGCUCCAGUCAUCUACAGAGACAUCCAUGAGUAACUGGACACUGACAUGAGUUUUUUUUUAACCUGUUUACUGAAACAUAUUCCAGUUGUAGUUAUACAAUGGACAUGAAGAGCAGACUCUCUACUUUCAUUUGAGGAGUUCCACAUUCAGAUUAGAUGAAGGAUUUUGGAGUUUCUGCUGCUCAAAAUGUGCCACCCUCUUUUUUUAAAAUGGACCGAAGUAACUCAGAGGCUAUGUGAUGGGCAGGUGUGGUCAUUAUCAAUGACACUGGCAAAAGGCCUGGAGUUGUGUGGAGUGGUGCUUGUGUCUGGAUAUAAGACAACAUGUGGUCAAAGGAGCUGCCCGUGCAGGUGAAUGAAGCCAUGACUGAGAAAACAGAACAAAAAACAUCCAAGAACAAUGUGUCCCACACCGGGUCCUGAUGGGACGCCGACCACACAGCCAGGAGAGGCCAGAGUGCUGCGACGUGGCAGCGGAUCAGAGAGGAGCUCCAGUGCCAGCUGACUCUGAAAAAGCCAGUACGGUUCUGGAUCAACCAGGAGACACACUCUUAAUCCAGACUCACAAUGACCCAAACAUCCAGGCAGCGCAGCCCAGGAGCUCUCUGAAGCUGAGAAGAGGAAUGUUCCGGAACGGUCCAGUCAAUCGCCUGAUCUCAACUCGACUGAGCACACGUUUCACACAUUUCGCACACAAUCAGAAUUUUCCAAAUUUAAAAAAACUGACUGUAUUUCAAUAAAAAGCCUGAUUUAGCUUGAAAAAAAUAUAUAUUUUUAGUGCUGUGCAGCUCAGUCUGACCCCAGUCUCCUGAAUCGAAGUCCUGCACGGAGUUCAAGGCUUCCUUCAUUAUCUUCAUCUUCUCUUUUCAUGCUGCACACAUGGAACAUUAUACUCGUUUUAUCUAUUGCCAUAACUAGUACAAACCACAGAAAUAAAACGCAAUACAUCAGUUCACAUCUGACAAUACCUGAUUUCUUGCAUGUUUUCCUCCAUUGGAAUGUGUUUUCCUGUUUGCUAGAGGACAGGUAGUACAUUGUUUAGUGUAAUAAUGAGUGAAUGUAUUUCAGUGGAGAACAGCAGCUGUGUUUAUAAAGCGCUUCUUUCACAUCAGUAUCACUGAGAAGAAAUCCUUCGGAGCCUACAUGUUUUUUUUUAAUGCUUCUGUGGAGAUAAAUGAAUAACUCCGCUGAUGAAUGUCCCGCGCUGCCUCUGAGAACAUCAUGUCACUGUGUGUUAUUGACCGUGCAAUUAUCAGACGACAUCUGCCUGGGGAAAAGAAUAGUUUUCAUAUCAUUUUUCUGGUACAAACUCCAGCUGGUCUCCAAGGCAACUGAAGACGAGUCCAACGAGAGCAUGCUUGGGGUCGUCAUGGCAACGAGACACCUCCUACCACGCAUGUUUGCUGGUGUUUUCAUAGGCGUCUCCCAGCCGUGCGGAUUGGAAGCACAUUUUCAGACGUGCGUUUGUGAAGUGUCUUCUGGAAGUUUGUGGUUUAAAAAAUCAGAGUGCUGUCGGAUGAUGUUUUCAUCUCAGGUGAGAUAUCAGACAAGUGAUAUCCUGAAGCACCUGCAUGCAGGACUGACUCCGUGCAGGACUGACCUGCAGUCACAGGUCUAGGAUCUCAGUCUUCCUUCUCCUCGCCUUUACAGCCUGCAAGGCAGCAAGCGAUUGAGUUGGUGAGUAUCAGAGUGGACCCACACUCACACUACACCUCUGGGGCCUCAGCCUGCUCCCAUGAUCCCUCACAGUCUAGCCUGAAACCAGUUCCCAUGGCGUGCCGCGAGGAGGCGCUGUGAGGGUCUUGACCUGGAUGGCUUAUGGACUGUUCCCUGCUUGUUGCAUGUCAGAGCUUCGUGGUGGCUGCAGCUGGAGGCAGGACUGCCAAAGCAAAGCAGAGCACUACUACAAACUACAAGCCCUGUGCUAAUAAUAAUAGUUAUAAAUAAACUCCACCACACCACAGGCAUGAUUGUGCAUGCUGCUCCUUUAAAGCCAUGAAAAUUACUGAAACAUGCAAAUACUGUGUAUUAUAAAAAAAAAACUACACUUUGUCAAUAGUUAAAAAUGAGAUUCAAGACUAUCUGAAAAAUUGUUCAAACAAAAGUCAUUGAUCUUUAAAGGAAUUAUUAGGAGACAGAAAAGUGAAACGUGGACAAGCCUUUACUCUCACUUUAAUGGUUUAUUUAUGGUAAACUUUGUUUAAACAAUCGAUCAUGAAACAUGUCGGAUAUUCUGUUAAAACCUGGUAACAGACGCACCCUCUGCUUUCAGCAAAACCUUGCCAACCUUAAAGUGAUAUUAUUUUGUAAACGUCAGUGUUAGUCUGUUUAUUGCAUUGUGAUCUGUGUAAACUGUUGGUAAACUUGUGAAUUUUGUUAUUCCCAAAGUUGCAUCACAGCAGAGCUGGAAGUUGGAAUGCUACUCAUAUUCGUAUGUGAAAACAGUCACACAAAUUCUGUUUACAGGUGUCAAGACUCUACUUACUGGUAUAUAUUUAAUCCGCUUGUGUCCCUGUGGUCUAUCUUUAUUGGUCUACUACACACAGGUCUGGCUCUGCCAGAUUAAAUCUAUACAGCGUUCUGAAUCGUCACGUAUGACGUCAUUACGUAAAACGUAACGUGUGUGCAGGCGCAGGAACGCCAUUGGAACUUUGAAGCGGGUUAGUUUUUCCGUUUUUUACAUGUCAGUAGGACAUAAACAGUUUGUCUCAGUGCAUAAAUACUCAGCGGAAGUAGGUUCCGCUCUGCUGACUGUCUUAUCUCCUGUUCGCGCCGCGGUGAGGAAGCUCGCGCUGUGCUAAGCAGCAGCUCCAUUCAUUUGCUGGAAACGGAUUGUUGCGGCCCGGUCGAGGUGACAGACAGCCAGCAUGUUCCGGCCCAAACCGACCCUGAAGGACCGGCAGCACCUGUACAAGCUGAUCAUCAGCCAGCUGCUGUACGACGGCUACACCAGCAUCGCCAACAGCCUCAUCAGCGAGGUGAAGCCCCAGAGCGUGGUGUCGCCCUCCGAGCAGCUCAUGCAGCUGGCGAAGAUAGGGAUGGAGAAUGACGACAGUGCGGUUCAGUACGCCAUCGGCCGCUCCGACACGGUGGCGCCCGGCGUCGGCAUCGACCUGGAGUUCGACGCCGACGUUCAGACCAUGUCCCCUGAGGCGUCGGAGUACGAGACCUGCUACGUCACGUCCCACAAAGGCCCGUGCCGGGUGGCCACGUACAGCCGCGACGGGCAGCUGAUCGCCACCGGCUCCGCCGACGCCUCCAUCAAGAUCCUGGACACGGAGCGCAUGCUGGCAAAGAGCGCCAUGCCCAUCGAGGUGAUGAUGAACGAGACGGCGCAGCAGAACAUGGAGAACCACCCCGUCAUCCGGACGCUGUACGACCACGUGGACGAAGUGACGUGCCUGGCCUUCCAUCCCACCGAGCAGAUCCUGGCCUCCGGCUCCAGAGACUACACCCUCAAGCUGUUCGACUACUCCAAACCGUCUGCAAAGAGAGCCUUCAAAUACAUACAGGAAGCGGAGAUGCUCCGCUCCAUCUCCUUCCACCCGUCGGGAGACUUCCUGCUGGUGGGCACGCAGCACCCCACCCUGCGCCUCUACGACGUCAACACCUUCCAGUGCUUCGUGUCCUGCAACCCGCUGGACCAGCACACCGACACCAUCAGCGGCGUCAGCUACAACCCCACGGCCAACAGCUACGUCACCUGCAGCAAGGACGGCAGCAUCAAGCUGUGGGACGGCGUGUCCAACCGCUGCGUGGCCUCCUUCGAGAAGGCCCACGAUGGCGCCGAGGUCUGCUCCGCCGUCUUCUCCAAGAACUCCAAGUACAUCCUGUCCAGCGGGAAGGACUCGGUGGUCAAGCUGUGGGAGAUCUCCACCGGCCGCACGUUGGUCAAGUACACAGGUGCGGGUCUGAGCGGCAGGCAGAUGCACCGGACGCAGGGCGUGUUCAACCACACGGAGGACUACGUGCUGCUGCCGGACGAGCGCACCAUCUCGCUGUGCUGCUGGGACUCGCGCACGGCCGAGAGGAAGAACCUGCUGUCUCUGGGACACAACAACAUCGUGCGCUGCAUCGUGCACUCGCCCACCAACCCCGGCUUCAUGACCUGCAGCGACGACUUCAGGGCGCGCUUCUGGUACCGCCGGACCACCACCGACUGACCCGGACCCACCGGGACCUCCGCCGGCCUGCGACCCCCCUGAACUCACCAGAACUGACCCUUGACCUCUCGUCUCUGUCCAGCCCGUCUUUUUGAUGUUGUUCAUUUUUUAAUA